GUUCGUUCGUCUAGUGCAAAAUGGCGGUUUGAUCGUCUGAUUGAUUCGGCAUUAGACUUCAAAUCUUGCCCAUGCCUGACAAUUUCCAACUUGAAAACGAUCGGAUUCUUACGGUAUUAUCGAACGCUAACGGUUCUUUCGGGAAAUGAGUACGGAGAAGGGCGAAACGAAGAGAAAGAAAGGUAUAACAUGGGCUGAAGCCGCCAAACAGGUAAACUGCAAUGGUGACACAAUGAAUGCAAUGUCAGCUGACUCGGAGCUCUACGAUUUUUUCUAAGCAGUUACAUCAUUAAUUGGGGAGUAUUAAUUUUACUUGUAGGUGCUAGAGAGGUCUACCGAGCCGCUUACACAUAAAGACAUCCUCAAGGUCAUUAAGGAAGAGGGUUUGCGCGAUUUGAGGUAAGUAAUAGCGAUGCGUUCUCCGCCAGUUUGUGAUUGACAGACUUGAAGAUUAGUGGCAGUUCAUUGAUUUUGUUGGUGAAGAGGUCCCUUUUUCGAGAUCAUGACGUUUUUAUAAGGCCUGUGUAAUAUUUGACCCCAGUAUAGUACAAACUCACCAACUGUAAAAUGAUUUUGAACAAUCGAAACAAAGCUAAGGGGGUUGACGUUAAGGUAUUUCGAAUAAAGUUGCGCUUUAUGGAUGCUGGCGACCUUUACUUUUUAAUGUACAGUAUAACAUAGAUUGGUACGAAGAUUGAGUUUUUUCUUUAUUUUAGCAGGACUUUUGAGCAUUUUAUUACCUAUUCAAAAUUGGCCGACUUUUUUUGGUUCGAUUUUUUGCUACGAAGAAGAUUGUAUAAGUAUUUGUGAAUCAAUUUAGAGGGGGAAUGGGAAGGAAUAUACCAACUUUGGGAUCUUGGACCGUCUCCAAGUUCUUCGGAAUUGAAUUCCUUAAAUAUCAAAUUUUCGUGGGCUAUUAGCCAGGGAGGCUUUAUUUUGAUAUUGCUCUGUUUGGUUUGUAUAUUAUUUUGUUUCAAUUAUUUCCUUUGUUAUUUAUUUAUUUAUUUGUUUUUCAAUAGUUUUGAGUUCAUGCACAUUUUUAAAUUUUUGUUGUCUUUUGCAAUGAAUGCUGCGUGAUAGAGAGAAUACACCAUAAUACCAUAGAAGGAAAUGAGAUUUAGAGUGAUAAUAAUUAUUGACCAUGAAUUGAAUCUUACAAGGGUAAACAUUCACUCUUAGUGGAGUGUUGUCAGCUAAGUAUCAUCACCAUCGUCAUUGCAGUUCCUUCCCCUCUUCCCUUGUCUCUACCAAACCUUUUUGAAUUCAUAAUGAAAACUAUUGCAUGUGACUUUUGAGUGAACUCUUUGCCCUAUGAUGACAUAUACUUCCCAUAAUCUUAUUAUUCCUUGACAGCCGUGGGACAGCGCCCUUAGCGUGUCUUAAUGCUAUGCUUCACCAUCACUCUCGUGGGCCAAAUGAUCUAUUUAUUAAAGUCGAAGGACGAAUGAGUUGUUACCGACUCAAUGUAAGUGCUGAUGGCUUUGCAACCAGAUUUACUUGAACAAUAGUGAUUUGCCAAGAUGAGCACUUUACUGAUAUGUAAGCUGAAAUUCUUACAUUGAAUUGGGAAUUGAACCCAAGUGGAAUCCUGAAUUUUCCCGUUUCCUUGGGAAAAAUAAACUGGUUUCAAUAAUAUGGAAAAGCAGUUCAAGCUCAAAUUAUUAAGAUUUUCAAGAAACAUAGAGUAUGAAAAAUAACGAUUCUAAUGUUUAUGAUUUCAAACCUAGCAGUUGAAAGAGUUUUUGUCUUUUUCCUUUCAUGAAACUUUGCUAUCUGUUUAAUUAUACUGGUCCAGUAGUAAGAAUAUGAUAAGAGUUAAACUUAAGACUCAACCACGUUGUGAUUUAUCUGUUCAAUACUGAAACUGUUUGUUUUUUUUCAUUAAAGCCAAACAGGGUUGAAACUUCAGGAGAAAAUUCUGGUGAGUUGCAUUUCACUAUGUCUCUUAGUUUAGUUAAUCUUUAACUCCCAUUAAUGACCAAGACAGAAUUUCCUCUUACAAUAUCAAUACAAUAUCAAGGGAACAAGUGGUGAGAAUUGAAAAAGCAAUUGUCAAUUAGGGGAUUAUUAUUUGAUCCAGUACCAAAUUCUACUUAGUAGCAUGAUAAGAAUUGUAUGGUUGUCAGUAAGGAGAAUUGCCAAUGUGAUCUUAGGAGUGAAGGGGUCAAGAGUGAAGCUUUUAUAUCCUUAGCGAAUGAAAGAUUUUUGGUUUCAUAUUUAUUUUAUUUGCUAUAUCACAGCACAAGACUCUGAUUCUGACCUUAUGGAUAUGACUGAUGAUGCAGAAUUUAGCAUGUUCCUUGACAAGGAGAGUGUGAAUGGAUCUCAUCUCAACAAUGGAAAAGUUAAGUUACCUAUGGGAACAAAUGACAUUGUAAUGCCACAGCUGAAACCACCGCCGCCCAAUCUGUCCCCUAGAGAGACCAAACCAAAGGCAGCACUUACAAAAGAUGGACGACUACAAAAAAAACGGGGUCCAAAACCUGGACCUCGCAGUCAGUCAUCAAACAAAAGACCAAGGUUGAGUAGUACAAGGCCAGUGCCAAAGAUGGUGUUGAAAAAUCUCAAAGUAGGUACCAUUGAAAGUGGAUCAGGAAGUAAUGGAAGGAGUGGGAAUGGAAAAGUAAGUUUUGUUUGCUAUUAAUGCUAUGCUUGAUUUGAUAAAUGGUAGUUGAAAUAUAGCCUGGAAGUAAACGAAAUGACAUUGUAAGAUUCUCUCUCUGACUGGAGGUUAAUAGUACACACAUCAGCUUUGAAAAAUGUUUACAGUGGUCAAUUUGCAUUAUCAACUCAGUUAAUAAAACUAAAUUAUGUCAUAAGAUGAAACAUGUUGAGUGAAUUGUGAAUGCCCAAUUAGAUUCAUUGCCACCACUUGAAAAGAAAAGUAGCAGCUUUGAAAUUAGAAGACAAUCCUGUCAUAAGCAGUUGCUGCAAUUGGGAAUUAAUUUCCAAUGUAAGCAAGGAUGAGUAUGCAUCACAAUAGUUAUUAUUAUUUACUCAGCAGGUGAAGGCUCCAUCCGUUCUCAUUCCACCCUCAUCCAAACUCAUACCUCCAUCUAGUGCAUCUGUUACAGCCAAUGCCAUCGCAAGCCACAGCUUUCCCAGGGUUCCAAGUUCAGUUGAUGGUCUGGAAGCUCAAGAAAAAUUGGAGAAAUUUUCUGACUUAUGGACAUCAUCCAAGGUUGGUAUCCUGUGGUGUUAGCUAGCUUCUACUUGGUACUUGAUUGAAUUCUCAUGGUAGAGUUAUGGGUGCUUUGGAUACCUUUCAACGUUUUUUCACUUACUCAGCUUGCAAUAUUUUGGUUAUGUCCCUGAGACAAAUAAAGUGAAGUUCUUUAGCUGAAAUUCAACUGUCAAGCCUUAACUUUUUGACUCAUUGCAAUAUCACCUUGAAUGAAACACUAAGGUUAUGAGAAAAGUAACUGAUCACAUUCAGAAGAAGUUCUUGAUUGUUACACAAAUUCUCCUCAUCAGCACGUAAGGAAAUGUUUAGAGAACAGUAUAGAGAAUAACCAUAUUGAUGGUCGGGUGUAAAGAGUAAAUUAAAAGGUUUUAAAAACUUUACAACAGUGCUAGAAAGUUUUAAGUGUUGGUUGAUGCACAUGGAAAACAGAUUGCAUUUUAUCCUAGUCUAUGAAUAUUUAUUGAACUGUGGUACAUUCCUAUGGUAGAAUUGCUGGUAUAAAUUUUUUGUUUCUGAUUGCACUUAUGGAUUGAAUCCUAUUUUAGCCAAGAAGAUACAAGAAAAUGAGUGUUGGUGAGUGUUAUCAGACUAAUGCUUGUUAGCAAUUAUUAUGGUUACAUGUUUUGAGUAUAUUCAGAGAAUACAGUAAAUAGUUGACUCUUUAACUCCCAAGACUUACUAAGGGGAUUUUACCUUACUUUAUCAUUACAUUUUUAAGCAGAAAGUUGAUGAGAGGAAAGAAAAAUAUUGAUUAAAGGAUAUUGAUUGAUUCAGCAAGAAAUUCUCAAAGCAAAAAUCAAGAGAAAUGUAUGGGAGACAGUGUUGAGUAUUGAUGUUUUGAUCUUGGAAGUGAAAAGUGUUCACGCAUUUAGUCAUUUUGCUGAUCAGUCCCAGCUUUAAGAUCCAACAUGUUAUUACCAAAACAUGCAGUAAAGUUCAAUGCCAAAUUUAUGAGCUCUCUGUAUGCCGUGAUCAGUUGUUCUCGUAACAGACAUUUUGAAUCCAAAUUUGCCAGUCUCAACUUUGGAAUGUGACCUUUGAACCUAAGAAAUAUUGCACUUAUUUCCUGAGUAUCUCAUAACAUUAUUGACUAUUGCAUGAAAAUGCAUUUUUUAUGAUGGUUGAACUCAACAGUGUGCUGUGUAUAGAGGUAGUGAACAGAUACUGUAACAACUCUUUUAUCAGUGUUGUCCACCAUUCUGAAAGCUCCUUACAAAAUUGUGAAAGUCCUGAGCAUAUGAGCAGGAUUCAAGGAUUGCAGCAUACUUAGUGUAUUCUGUUUAAUUUUUCAGCUGCACAGUUAAAGAGAACCAAGGAAGGACGCGUAGACAUACAGUCUCCAGACUCGAUUCUCACUAGUAUUCCCCUUCGUGUAAGUAAUGUCCUUUGGUCAUCAUUUUUGUCACAGUCCUGCAAAGGAACAUGACUUUUCAAUAUUUUGUUAACCCUUUCACUUCUCUUAAUGACCAAGAAAGAAUUUCCCCAAUGAUGUCCAUACAAUAUCAAGCAGACAAGAGAUGAGAAUGAAGGAAAAUAUAGAUAAGGGAAUUAUCACUUGAUCUGAUACCAAAUUCUUUAAACUAACAUCAUUAGAAUUUUAUGGCACAUAGUAAGGAUAAGAUAUAUUGUGUUGAAAAAUUAAUUCUACGUUAUCUUUUUGCAGUCUCUCAUCAACCAGCGAACAUUUAAUAUGUUGCCACAAUGGUAUCAGUACAAGUUAGUGACUCUACUACCAAAAGUUGACCGGGCAAUAGGCCAUGAUGGAGCUUUAAGGUUUGUGCUUGGCAUCCGUUGUUGAUGCAAAGAAACAAUAUUGAUCAAAACUUUGAGUCAUUUUCAUGUCUCAGUUAGAUAGAGGAGAACCAGACAAGGGAAUAUUUGUAUCUAGGUCAUGAUAAAUGAAUGGAGAGCUGGCAGGGGGCAGUACAACUCUUUCUCUUUCUCUUUUUUACGUCUACCCAUCCUUCCCUACACAGGAUAAUUUAGAAUUAUCAACUGAGUUGAUAAUGUAAAUUGGCCAAUGUAAAGAGUUUCACAGGUUUCGUUUCAAGCAUCAGCCCUAAGUCAAAGCAAUGACUAAGGGCUGAAGCUCGAAACAUCAGCUUUGAAACACUUAACGAAGGCCAAUUUACAUUAUCAACUCAGUUGAUAAUACUAAAUUACCCUGCUAUACACUCCCACCGAUACAGCACCAAAGUUUAUUAAAAAACUUACCCCCUUUAUUCAUCUUCCCAACACAGGUCAGCUUUUACUAUGGUUUAUUUUGAAAUUGCAUGUGCUAGGCCGUACAAGUCUUAAAAGGAAUUUCUUUAUUUCUAACUAAAUGUUUUUAUGAGCAGCAGUAGAUCAACAAACUGUUCUUUUUUAUUUUCAGACCAUCACACACUGCAUUCACAAAUGAGUUCUUUGCAAGUGCAUGUCAUUCUUGGAAAGACAGGCUUCAGGAUGGUAAGAGGCAUAACUUUAUAGAACAAUUUUCAAUUUAUUAUUUGAAGUAAUCUGGGAAUUAUCAAAGCAUUUACUCCAAUGCCAUCCAGACUGGUCAUAAAUUGUUUUGUCUUAUUAAUUUUAAAGUAGCCAGUGAUUCAGGAACAAGUAGCCAACACGGGGAACACUGUUAAUACUCCAAUCUAUCAUGUGGGACUGUCAGCAAGAUCGCGUUUUUUUACUAACAACUUCUAGUUUAUGUUUCAUGGAUUGAUUCCUUCUGCCCCCCAGGUGACUUUAUGACUGAUAUGCAACAGAGGAUGAAACAGGAGGAAGAGAGACUGGCAAAAUUGGAUCCUUGGAAGGUGAUGCAGAACGUAGUGUGUGAUGAUCAAUUAUUUGUGUGGCGCAAAGGUUUUUUUUAUUCUUAAUUGUUAACAGUUACCUUUGCUGCAAAGUGGUUGACUUUAUUAUGUCUUUUCACACCCGCGUGAAACUUUUUCUUUGCAGGCCAAGUUCUUCGAGCCUGUCUGGGGAAAAAGGUAUGUUACCUUGCUUUUGAUUUUUUUUGUGUUUGUAUCAAAAGGCGACCGUCAAAGAGAGGAAUGACUGUACCACUCUUUAACUUUCCCUUAUUUUCCGCACAGGAACAUUCCAGACAAUUCUUUAUCCCAAGACCGUACGGAUUCCUACUUCACAGCCCCACUCUCCCCGGCGCCAGCCUCGUCACCAAGAAGCACCAUGACUGCAAACCACAAGGAUUCCACCCUGGGCAGGUCACAACUCAAAUCACCAAGGGUGGCAAGUGGUAUGAUACAACCGCUGACAGUACCUGUACAAAAACUACCGGCGCAUUGUCUUCCUAAACGAGUCACCGAGUCAAGGAGAUCCGAAGCCGCUAAACAGCUCCGUGCGAACGCACGUACGUCUCGACCGCGGUCCAUACCAAUUUACAAAAUGGUCACUGUGGCGGUUGCCACAGAAGCUCUUAAAGCUGUAAGAACUUGCGCUCCAUCGUCCAUGCUUACUGCUAGUACGGUGUACGCGAAAAAACGGACAAUAAAGACGCCUUGUAGUGAGGCUUCAACUGACAGCGCGUUGUCUCGAGAAACGUCAGCAGCUUCCAUUUCUACUCCGUCGAUUCUAUCCCACGAUGCUGUAGAGCUCCGAGCUCCCGCCUCCCUCAUAAAACCGAGACCUCCAUCCCGUGCUGCCAUGCGUCAACAGGUGGCAGCCAACCGGGAGGAUCUAACACGACGAGGCUCUGCUUCGGGCACUGCUACAAGAGGUGGCUUUACGUCGACUACAGUGUCCUCUAAGAACUUUAACAGAUCGAUGCUGCUUAAGAGUUGUUCUUGCCGUCUGAAAGCGAUGGAGGUUUGCAGAAAAUGCGGAGCAUUCUGCCACGAUGACUGUAUCAGCGCGGCCCAGCUCUGUAACUCGUGCGUCAGUGUUAACUGACCGACGCCACAUGCAAUAUGUUCAUAUCAUUCUGGUCUUAAAAAUUAAAUUUCACUUGUCCUAAAUAGAGAUAAUCGCGCUUCCGUUGCCACCAGAAAGUUAACACCUCACGGUUGAGUUUUUGUUCAUUAUUAUUAUUUCUCUGUUUGCUUUUACCUUUGCUUUUUGAGAUCUUUCCAAAUGUUAGACAGAUUUCGCUUGAUGUGAAUGCCUCGUUGGCGUCAAAACCGCGCGAUUUUUAGUACUAAAUACUUCGCCUCCAUGAACAAGACCAGAGGGAAAAGUUUUUACGUCGCUUACCAGUCUAUUUUUGAUUUUGAAUUUCCAACUAAUACUUUUCGAAUACUAAAUAUUCGAAUAUUUUCAAAAAAGUGUAAACUUAAACAAAAAAAGCCGUCAAAAACUUUCAGGGGUGACUGCGGUAGCGCGAUAAUAGCUGUAACAUUUAAGGUAGACAAACUUUUAAUCAUCUUUUUAAAUCUUAAGUCGUAUCACGAUAACCGUUGAGCCUCAGGCUUUAUUGUACAAGACACUCACUAACACAGAUUGGUCACUUCAGGAGCUAAAUCACAGUAUAUACAUUUUGAAAAAUUGUCCCCUAAGUUUUUAAGUUUGUGUUCUGUUCUAUAGUCCAGUCUUCUCCUCCAAGAUGCAAUUUUCCUUUGAAUGCCCAAAGGAAUCUGGUAUUGCAAAGGCUAUCACUGCGCUCUGUGACUGAUCCAGAAAACUCGCGUCACUUUUCAACCGAUCACAAUCUCGCUUGGUCACCAGCGUUUUCCCGCGUCUUUUCCAAUUUGUUUGACGCUAGAAUUCAUUGGCACACGAGAAAAUUUUAUAAUUGGUUGCUGUGGUUAGUUUUGUUUUUCGUUUACGACUCUCAAUUGAGAAGGGCGCAAACGGUACUUAUAAACUAUUGCAGGUAUAGUGUCAGAUUUGGCUAGAAGCGACACAAAAUUUCGUGUUCCCUUGACCCUUUGUGACCAAAAGAGAAUAACUCCCUACAAUACUGAUACAUUUUCACGAUACAAAGCGACGAGAAAAUGGAAAAACAUCCAUGGUAUAUGGUUUGAUGAAACUCGAAAUUCUCAGAAUCAAAAUUGUAGUAAAAGUAUGGAACAUGGUUCAGAGAAUUGUAAGUUUGAGAGUGAAAGGGUUUUAGUUCACGAUGUUGCGAAAAAACGACCAAUCCUAUCUGUAAGCUCCAUGACAUUCUGUUAACUGAAAGCUUCUUUAUUUCUGUCGUAAGUAGAGUACAAGAGGAGAUAGGACAAUUUAUGAGAAUUAUGUUAGAAACAUGAGAUUAUAAUAUUGUAAAUAAUGACUUCAAAUGACCAGGUCA